AUGGCCGAGGCUUGGCAUGAUGUCGAGAGCGAAGAUGGAGACACCAUCAACAACAGCAGCAUCGACAGCGAUAGCAACAGCGACGGCGAGGCAGAGGGAGGCUUAGAGGUUGAUGUUAUUUCCCUGCCCAGCUCAGACGAUGAGAAUAGCUCUGGUAGCGAAUCUGAUAUAUCUCGUAACUGGGUGACAGUCAUGGAUACCUUCACGUUUGCGACAUCAAGACAGGUGGCCUUGCCCAUCCGAGCUAAGAUAUGCAACUUAGAGGGAAGGCAAAAGCAAAUUCCCUUCUCCGUCUUGCUCAAGAAUCCGGAGCUACGUCAUCUUGGGUCCAACCAGAGUCCUACUUCAGACCUCUAUGUUACCGCACAGCUAUGGAGCAGCUGCAAACCUCUUGGCAUGCCCAUGCAAACUGCAUACAAGUCUUUCAAAACCACCCGGACAUGGAACGAGUGGCUUGAAAUGCCGGUGCUCAUCAGGGAUGCACCACAGAAUACCCAGUUGGCACUCACAGUCUGGGACCUGUCGCCCCUGGGCGGUGAAGAAGGCCAUGACCAUUCCGUUCCGUUUGGUGGUACUACGAUUGCACUCUUCGAUGAAGAUGGGACCUUGAAAAAGGGGAAACAAAAAUGCAAAUUAUACCGAAACAAAGCCGCAGAUGGCUUUUCAUACACCACUACACCGUCCACCCCGCCACCCAAACGACGCAAAGGCAACUUUGUCGAAGAGGGGCCUACUCCAAUUGAACUUGAGCUUGAGCGGCUAGAGAAACUACUGAAGAAACAUGAAAUGGGGGAAAUUCCCCGAGUGGAUUGGCUAGAUCAGCUUGUUUUCCGAGCAGUGGAGAAGAUCAAAAUAGAAGCUGAAGACGCUGCGAAGAAGCGUGCGCUUCGAAAUAAAGCAGCCAGAGAAAAGGCCGUCAUUGAGCCCAAUGGUGACCCUGGAGUGAGCUCUCAAGAUGACGAAGAGGAGAACUUUGUGCUCUAUGUUGAAUUUCCACGCUUUGACUUUCCUAUUGUCUUUCAGGACUUUGAAUAUCCCCCUCCUCCGGUUUCUUCCCUUGCUCAGCUUACGCCAUCUGGAUCUACAGUUGUUUUGAAACCACCACCAGAGGUCCGACUUGGCCCAGACAUUGAAGGGGCUGCCGAUGACGAAGGAAAUUACCCUAUCAUACGAAUUUAUGAUCCUGAGGUUGGGCAGAGAGGAAAUCCUUGUGAAGACAAGCAUAGAAGGCUAGUCCGCAGCCAUAGAACCGGUAUUAUGGACCGCGAUCUGAAACCAAACCCGAAGAUCCGGGACGAGAUCAACGAGAUCAUGUCAUAUGGCCCAACCCAGGAACUAAAUGCAGAAGAGAAGGAUCUGGUUUGGAAAUUUAGAUUUUAUCUCACUCGAGAUAAGAGAGCAUUGACCAAAUUUGUCAAGUCAGUUAACUGGCAAGAUGCCAGUGAAGCUAGACAGGCCGUUGAACUCCUACCGAAGUGGACAGAGAUCGAUGUUGACGAUGCUCUAGAGCUUCUAGGCCCGCUUUUCGACAACCCAGAAGUCCGUGCUUAUGCCGUUGAUCGACUAAGAAAAUCCGACGAUGAGGAGCUGCUCUUGUACCUUUUACAGCUUGUGCAGGCACUGAAGUUUGAGGCUAUUCCUAAGAGUUCUACGGAUGAAACGAACGAAGCUGCGCAUGAUUCUUCUCUCACAAACUUUUUGAUUAGCCGUGCAGCUAAUAACCCUAUACUUGGUAGUUAUUUCCAUUGGUAUUUGAUGGUUGAAUGUGACGACACUGCUCCUGGAACGCUUUCCACCCAUCGAAAAUUCUUUGCGAGCGUGGAGUUUUACUUUAUGCUGGAAUUAGAGAAGGUUAACCCUGCGCAGAGAAAAGUACUGCUCAGACAAGGUGAACUUAUUACCAUUCUUUCCAAGAUUGCAAAAGACAUCCGAUUCGCCAGAGUCAACCGUCCUUUCAAGAUUGAAAUGCUCAAAAAGUUCCUUGGGAACCCUAAGAACGAUAUCUUACAAAUUGAUCCACCGCUUCCAUUCCCAUUAGACCCCACAGUUUCGAUUGUUGGGUGCCACCCGGAGGAGGCAAAUGUUUUUAAAUCCUCCUUAUCACCGCUGUUCAUCAAUUUUAAGCUAUCGGAUGGCCGAAAAUAUCCUGUUAUUUUCAAAGUUGGAGAUGAUUUGCGUCAGGACCAGCUUGUCGUCCAAAUUAUAACUCUCAUGGACAGGCUUUUACAGAAAGAAAAUCUGGAUCUUAAACUCACCCCUUACCGAAUCAUUGCAACUGGAGCAACUGCUGGCGCUGUGCAGUUCGUUCCAUCUACACCUCUAUCUGCUGCCACUGCGAAAUAUAAAGGCUCAUUGCUUGCUUACCUUAAAGCAAAUAACCCUGACGAUAGUGAACCCCUAGGUGUACGAAAAGAAGCAAUGGACACAUAUAUCAAGUCCUGUGCUGGAUAUUGUGUAAUCACUUAUCUCUUAGGUGUUGGUGACCGGCAUUUGGAGAACCUCCUACUCGCUCCCGACGGACAUUUCUUUCACGCUGACUUCGGCUUCAUUCUUGGCCGUGACCCGAAACCAUUUGCACCUAUGAUGAAGCUAUGCAAAGAAAUGGUUGAGGGAAUGGGUGGUGCCAACUCACCGAACUACAUUCAAUUCAAACAAUACUGCUUCACAGCGUAUAUCACACUUCGAAAAUCAGCAAAUCUUAUCCUCAACUUAUUUAGCUUGAUGGUUGAUGCGAAUAUCCCUGAUAUACGUGUAGAGCCCGACAAAGCGGUUUUGAAGGUCAAGGAAAGAUUCCAUUUGGAGAUGACAGAGGAAGAGGCAAUUCGUCAUUUCGACGAGCUUAUCAUAAACAGCGUCAAUGCUAUUUUUGGUGCUGUUAUAGAUAGAAUCCAUGACCUAGUUCAAGGAUGGAGGGCAUGA